AUGGUGGAGCUUAUUAUUGAGUAUGCACCAUGCCUUGAAAGAUUGAUCCAACUAGGUAAAGAGGGUCCAAGAACAAGUAGGGUCAUCGCCGCACCAAAAUUGGCAGUGUUGGGCUACCUGACUCCCAGAAUCUCCGAAUUUGAGCUUGGAACCAUAAUUGCUAAGGAAAUUAUCUCCAUCAGCUUGACUACUUCAGUGCGCACAGUGAGGAUCUUGGUUCUAGAUUCUAUUGGCCCCAAUCUGGAUGUUGUUGUUGGAUUCCUUAGAUACUUUCCCUGCAUAGAGAAGUUGUACAUCCAGUCACAUCUCAGGAUGGGUAUGAAAAAUGUGCGACAAUAUGACACACUUGAUCCUAUUGAAUGCCUUGAACUCCAUCUCAGAGCAAUAGUAUUGAAAACCUAUGAAGGCAAGAGACCAGAUGUUAACUUCGCCAAGUUCUUUGUCCUGAAUGCGAAGGUACUUGAGGUAAUGAAAUUUGGUGUUUGCGGUAAUACCUGCAAUGAGAAAUGGAUGGCUAAUCAGCACAGGCGACUACAGCUGGAUAACAAAGCUUCAAGAGAUGCGCAAUUUGAAUUUAGAAGAGAUUAUGAUAGUUACAGUUUUCAGUAUAACAAGCACAUACAUGAUAUGUGGGUGCUUGAUCCAUUUGACCGCUCAUUAUGUAAAUGUUGUCAGCUGGUUUCAUAG